GAUUGGUUUUGGGUGCUUUUUAAUUUUUUGUUUAAGAAUUUCAUUUUCUUUGAUGGUAACAAAGUGUAUUUUUUCAAGACUGAAAAGGCAUACUCAGACUUUGUAGGUUGUAUUCAUAAUGACUUUGCUUAUCAUUGUAUAAUGUUCUCGUCAUCAUGGACUCCUUUAAGCUCAUCAACUGGAUUUUGGAGGUCUCAUUUGCAAGUGAACUUAGAAAAAAGAAGGCUACAAAAUUCAGCUUCGUUCUCACCAUGCCCACAAUGUUCCUGCUGCUGUGUGUUGCUCUGGUGAUACUUGGACCUGUACAUGGAGCCACACUGAGAAACAAAGAGAAAUGGAAGCCACUAAACAACCCUAGAAACCGAGAUCUGUUUUUCAGAACCCUUCAGGAGUAUUUUAAGGGAAGAGGUCUUGAUCUUAAAAAGUUUCCAAGUACUUUCUCCAUGAACGAGAAUCCCAGACCUCUCUCCUUCCAAUCAGAAUUUAUUGCCUCUGCAUUUGCAGAUUAUGAAGAGCAGAAAAACUCCUUUCCCAAUUACUUCAAAGGCUGAAUGUUUCUUCUGAGAGCAGGUGUCUGGCUACUUUAAAACUACAGAUGAAGACUCUUACUAGAAAAACUAAAUCAUGGUCAUGGUAAACUUCCCCUCCUCCACUUUUGUCAAUUUGCAAUGAUUUUAUUCUACAUUUCUAGACUUACAUAUAAAUAGAUUGACUCUUGAGACAUAGGCAACUUAUGUACAUAUUUUUGGUGUUUUUUCCAUUCUAUAACCAUAAAUAUCAAUGUAGAGCACCGUACAUAUCUGCAAGAGUUACAAAAACACCAUGAAGUCAAAAGAAAGGAUGAUCUUCUCAAUUACAUGUUUCUUUUAAGUUUGUCUUAUAUGUAUUUAC